CGUCGUGCCCCGCGCUGCCCGCGCCGGCGGCGGCCUCGGCCCCACCACGGUGCUGAAGCCAUGGCAGAAAGCUCCGUCCCUGCUCUGUGCCCGCCGUGGUGGGGCUGAGCCCCUGAACCCUGUGACACCCUAAACCACCCUGUAACCCCCAUAAACCCCCCUUCCCCCUCCAGGCCCCAGGAUGGGGCUGAAGCCGUGGCAGAAGGCGCUGUUCCCGCUGCGCUCCGUGGCCGCCGUGAUCCGGCUGUUCGAGGCCGAGCUGCGCCAGCCCGAGCCCGACCUGGUGCUGCUGUCGCUGGUCCUGGGAUUCGUGGAGCACUUCCUGGCCGUGAACCGCGUCCUGCCCACCAACGUCCCCGGGGUCACCUUUGAGUCCCGCCCAGGGCCGGACCCCCAGACCCGCCUGUACUUCCCGGUGGCCGAGCUGUCCAUCGUGGCCGCGCUCUACGCCCGGUUCACGGCCCAGAUCCGGGGGGCCGUGGACCUGUCCCUGUACCCCCGGCCCGACGGCUGCUCCUCCCGGGAGCUCGUGCGCAAGGUGUCCGAUGUCAUCUGGAACAGCCUCAGCCGCUCCUACUUCAAGGACAGGGCCCACAUCCAGUCCCUCUUCAGCUUCAUCACUGGUACGAAGCUGGACAGCUCAGGGGUGGCCUUUGCCGUGGUCGGGGCCUGCCAGGUGCUGGGGCUGCCGGACGUGCACCUGGCGCUGAGCGAGGACCACGCCUGGGUGGCCUUUGGGGCCGGAGGGGCCCAGACCGCCGAGGUCACCUGGCACGGGAAGGGCAACGAGGACAGGAGGGGACAGCCCGUGCAGGCCGGGGUGGCAGAGAGGAGCUGGCUGUACCUGAAGGGUUCGUACCUGCGCUGCACGAGGCACAUGGAGGUGGCGUUUAUGGUCUGUGCCAUCAACCCGUCCAUCGAUGGCCACACCGACAGCCUGGAGCUGCUGCAGCUGCAGCAGCGCCUGCUCUGGUUGCUUUACGACAUGGGGCACCUGGACAGGUACCCCAUGGCCCUGGGGAACCUGGCGGACCUGGAGGAGCUGGAGCCGACCCCGGGCAGACCUGACCCCCUCACCCUGUACCACCAGGGCAUCCAGUCCGCCCGCACCCACUACAACAACGAGCACAUCUACCCCUACCUGUACCUGGCCGGGUUCCACUGCCGCAACAAGAACGUCAAGGAGGCCCUGCAGGCCUGGGCUGACACGGCCACCGUCAUCCAGGACUACAACUACUGCCGGGAGGACGAGGAGAUCUACAAGGAAUUCUUCGACGUGGCCAACGACGUCAUCCCCAACCUGCUCAAGGAGGCGGCGGCCGAGCCCCCCCCGGGGGCUGAGGGGGCCCCCGGGGGGCUCCCGGCGCUGCAGGACCCCGAGUGCUUCGCUCACUUGCUGCGGUUCUAUGACGGGAUCUGCCGCUGGGAGGAGGGGAGCCCCACCCCGGUGCUGCACGUGGGCUGGGCCACCUUCCUCGUCCAGUCCCUCGGCCGCUUCGAUGGCCAGGUGCGGCAGCAGGUGACACUGCUGUCGGAGGACCCGGCCCCCCCCGAGGCGGAGCUGGGGGGCCCCGAGGACCCCCGGGACUGCCGGCGCCGCGGCCCCCGCCGCGAGUCCAAGCCCGAGGAGCCGCCCACCCCCAAGAAAGGCGGGGAGCGCCGGCCUCCCCCCCGCGCCCCCCGGCCCGAGGAGACGCCGCCCGCUCCCCCCGCGGCCCCGCCGGCCCCCGCGCCCCCCGGGCCGCCCCCCACGCCCCCCCCAGGGCCGGUGCUGCGCUUCCGCUCGCAGAAGAUGCGCGGGAUGAAGGAGCUGCUCCGCGCGGCCAAAGUGAACUCGAGUGCCAUCAAACUGCAGCUCACGGCGCAGUCCCAGGUGCAGCCGCGCCGCCCCCGCGCCCCCCCCGGCGCCUACCCCCUACCCUUCCUCAAGAGACCCCGCAAGGGCUCCUAGGGGACCCCGAAAUCCCAGCGGGGGAACCCAAAAACCUGCCCGCAACACCCACCCCCUGCCCUUCCUCAGGAGACCCUGCAAAGGAUCGUAGGGGGCCCCAAAAUCCUGGGGGGGGGGGGAGCGAAAAACCCGGUCCUGAAUCACCCCACUGUGCCCACCUCUGAGACCCCAAGUCCUGUCCAGUCCCUCCUCCCCUUCCUCAGGACACCCCAAAAGGGCUUGUGGGGGACCCAAAAAACCCAGCCCCAAACUCAGGGGGAACCCCCAAACCUGCCCCUGACACCCCCCUGUCCUUCCUCAAGAGACCCCAAAAAAGGGCUGAGAA